ACUACGUCAUCUUCGCCGGUCUGCGUUCUUGUUUACAUCUGGUUGUGUUUUGUGCAGGUUUGUAGCCGGUUAGCUGAAGGUGAGCGGAGGAGCUGCGCUUCUGUAUUCACCGGUUACGUGUUGGAGCUACGCUCCUCCCGGCUUGGCCACAUCGCUGCAUGUCACCUGAUGUCAAGAGGAAACUGGCACCUGAAUUAAAGGGACUAACCAGCUGGUUGAGUUGCGACAAAUGCUCUUUCUAAACCGGAUGGUGAAACCGUAUAGAGGAGAUCAGUCGUAAAAAGGGAACCGAAACGGGGCUGUCGACAUUCAGCCUCCUUCCCCCGGACGUGGAAAAAGCUAGCCGAGCUCCUUUCGUGUAAACUGGGCUGUGGUCCUCCUCCACCGGGAUGUCGGACACGGACGGUUCUCUUCCUCUGCUGAAGAGGCUCAGCUACGCGGUCGGGCACUUUCUCAAUGACCUGUGUGCCUCCAUGUGGUUCACAUAUCUGCUGGUUUUCUACCAUUCGGUGCUGGGAUUCCAAAACACGAGUGCAGGUGUGCUUUUGCUGGUCGGGCAGGUAGCCGAUGGCAUCUGUACGCCUCUUAUUGGCUACGAGUCGGACCGAAACCCCGGCUGUAGAAACUACGGCAAGAGGAAGACGUGGCAUUUAGUUGGUAAGUACACAACGUGACAAGUUAAAGGAAAAAGCAGAGCCCUGUGUCUCUCAUAUAUAAACAUCUAUAUAUGCAGAUGGAUGUGUGUC